CCACCUGAGACGAUACUUACUGGUUGCACACAGUCUGCGCAUGACUGGGGGAGACUACCAGUUCCUGUUCACGGAGCAGACGAUUCCGGACAGGUUCGAGCUGGAGCUUCUCCAGGGAGAGAGGACAUGGAAGACGGGAGACGGUCGGGACGAGGAAGCUAAACAGGCCUUCAGAAACCUCCUCUUUUUCACGUUCGCCAGUAUCCUUGAGCUGGAGGUGAUUAAGACCAGGACAGCUGAUGCCUAUGACAAGAUCUUUCACGGGAGAGACGACAUGCCACGGUACUCCGAAAAGCGAGACAGAUAUUCAUCAUUUCUCUUUGACGCUGUACAUUUGUACUUCUGGGCUCUCAACGAGACUUUGGCGACAAAAAACAGUAGCAGUGGCACCGAUAUAUACAACGCCCUCUCACGGCCGGGAAUCACAUUUGAAGGGUUGACCGGUGAAGUGUACAUUGACUACGAUGGAGACAGACUACCCAGUUUUGUGGUGUGGGACAUGGGGCCGAAUGAUCGCUUCAGAUCGGCAUUCAGCAUCGUGUACCGGAUGUCACCGACUGGUGUUAACAUGACACUAGAGAAUUAUGCUCCAAUUCUGUGGGGCGAUGGACGUAGCAGUAAAUACUAUACUCCUCCAGAUUCUCCACCCUGUGGCUUCUUCAACGAACUGUGCCCGAAAGAAUCAGAUCUCCAGGUGGCCUUGGUGUCAGCCUUGAUCAGCAUCAUGCUAGCGUUUGCAGUCGGGGCCCUCAUCUUCUACAGAUGGUGGCGACACGAGCGAGAUUUAAACAACUUGAACUGGAAAGUCCACUUCCCCGAUCUCAACUUCAACUUCCGCGGAUGGAGGCGCAAACGGAAGGCAAUGCAUGGCAGCAGGCUAGCAGUCCGCCAAAUAGACAACCAAGUAGACAACCAAGUAGACAACCAAGUAGACGGAGACAGCCUCCAAAGUGAGGGUUCCGACACCGGCGGAAUGAUGACCAGCUCUGCACAUGCAUCACUAGAUUCAAUGAUGGAUGGCAGUGUCACCUUUCACCAGUAUACCACUACAGCGAAAUAUAAAGACAACAUUGUUGCCGUGAAGGAAAUCAGGAAACAGCGUAUUCAUACUGAUAGGAAGUUAAUGAAGCAUAUUAAAGAGAUGAUGAUGCUGAAACACAGCAACCUGACAUCGUUUGUGGGAAUCUGUCCCGAGUCUCCCAACAUCUGCAUCCUGUGGGAGUACUGCAGCAAGGGAAGCCUCACUGACAUCCUGGACAACUCCGACAUGAAGCUUGACAGUAUGUUUCAGUUCUCUAUCGCCAUCGACAUCUGCACGGGUCUUGAGUACCUCCACAUGAGCUCCCUGAAAUACCAUGGCAACCUGAAGUCAUCCAACUGCCUGAUUGACAGCCGCUGGGUUUGUAAACUCACGGACUUUGGUUUGCGACCAAUCAGAAAGGGAGAGAAAGAUACGUAUGACCAGGAGUCCGAGGACGACAUGUGUGAAAAGUUAUUUUGGCUUGCCCCGGAACUGCUGAGAACUUCGCUGUCUGAGAAGAGGUUCACGCCCACGCAGCAGGGGGACGUCUUCGCUGUCGGCAUCAUCCUCAAGGAGAUCCUUUGUCUCACAAAGCCGUAUGCCGAGGAGGUUAGGCUGACACCAAAAGAGAUCAUCAAGCAGGUGGCCCACCCCACGGACCAGCUGAUGAGACCCACUGUGGUGGAGACGCAUGACGAGUAUGUGUCACUGAGGCUGCCCUUCGUGAAACUGAUACACUCAUGUUGGGAAGAGGACCCACAGUGCAGGCCAACAGUCAGGAGGGUGCUGAAGAGACUCAAACGCCUCAACCCUUACAGGUCAACUAGCAUGCUGGACAACAUGUUGAUGAUGAUGGAACGCUACUCAAACCACUUGGAGGAACUGGUGGCAGAAAGAACGGCUCAGCUGGAGGAAGAGAAGAGAAAGACGGACGCCCUGCUAUACAGCAUGCUGCCACAGAAGGUGGCAGACAACCUCAAGACUGGGAAUUUGGUCCAAGCUGAAGCAUUCGAAUCUGUCACUAUCUACUUCUCCGACAUCGUCAGCUUCACCGACCUCGCCAGUGAGAGCACACCCAUGGAGAUCAUAGAGCUGCUGAAUACACUAUACACGCUGUUUGAUGACACCAUAAAGAAUUUUGAUGUUUACAAGGUUGAGACAAUAGGUGAUGCCUACAUGAUGGCAAGCGGAGUGCCAAUACAAAAUGGGGACCAACAUAUCAUGGAGAUGGCAGAUGCUUCCCUCAGCCUGCUGAAGGCGGUUCUUAGCUAUGUCAUUCCACACAGACCAGAGCGCCAACUCAAGAUCAGAAUAGGUAUUCACACGGGGCCGGUGGUGGCGGGGGUCGUUGGGCAGACGAUGCCAAGGUACUGCCUGUUUGGAGAUACAGUCAAUACAGCCUCCAGAAUGGAGUCCAAUGGAAUGCCCCUGAUGAUACACAUGAGUGGGUCGUCUGCUGCCUUGCUGAAGAAGAACCCACUCUAUCACGUGGUUGACAGGGGAAACGUAGAGAUCAAGGGUAAAGGCAGACUGUGCACCUUCUGGCUGAUGGGAAAGACAGGGUUGUUCACAGUUCCAGUCAGAGACCUAGACACGCAGCAGACGACAGUUAACAGUGACCUAACAGAGCUGAAAGUGGAAACCGUGUUCCACGGGGAUGUGACUCCCUCCAUCACCAACUCCAACCACUGACACUAGCACCACUGCGGGGGCAGCUGCCAUCGUCAGGGGUCUUGGUGCUUCAAAUAGUCCUGAAGAUGACGGAACCGGAGGCUGGAAAUUUCAUGCUGGAAGAAACCAUGUCUCAUUUUUGGACUAAGAAAAAUUGUGACUCGCUUGAAUUUGAUCAAUUUUUUUAGUUUCAGUUUGUCACAGGCAUGGUUCUGUCCUGUUGAUGCUGCAUUCUGGUCCUUUCUGUAUUUCAUGCAACUCUUUGAUAUACCAUAUCAUUUUUAGCUCCAGAUGGGUUGGGUGCGUUUGAACAAUGGAUGUAAGCUAUGUGAGAAACCUUCUGUGGAUUUUGUUUAGAUGUGCGCCCUUCACUUUAAGAAUUGUUUAAAUCAUUGACAUACGUCUGAUGCAUUCAAUCACAUUUUCUCAUUUAAAUAUUUAUAUUCAGAUAAUAUUGAGUGAGAGAGCAUGUGAAUGAACCGUUUCUAACCAAGAAAUAAGCUGUAUAUGAGCAUACCACAUCUUAAAGAUUGCAUUCUUUCAAGAAUACAUUUUUCUCCUGUGGUAAUAUGAAGUAUGAGAGAAUAUGGCCCUGUGUCUGCCGGGAGCUUCUUUUGCUGUGAUGCUCCCGGGGAUCGAACCUCCUCUCUCUCCUGGCAGAUGCUCACUGAUAUGAAAAAAACGUUGAAUUGCGCAUCCAAAUGAAAAGGCAUCUUAAUUCCUUGUAUCGUAAGUGUGUUUGGGUGCUGAUAUUGUCAGCAAACCAACUAAACCAGCGUAUGAAAUUAUGUGUUUACUGCUGAAUACAUUGUAUAAAAUAUAUAUACUGAAGGACACUGAUUUAAUGUAGCUAGAAUAUUGCUGACAGUAUUUAAUGCUUUCAGCUCUGUUGAACCAAUUCAAACCCCCAAGUGAAACCUGCAAUAACUGUUCAACGAGGAGGCUUUGUGUAUCAUUUAAGUUACGUGUGACUCAACUUGCAAAAUAUCAAACUUUCAGAAUUUCUAGGCAUACAACUACCAGAAACGGCAGUUGGCACUUCACACUGAGGGGCAUUUAGUUUGAUAUUUUCUUAAUAUCUUUAUCAUUUUUCACAAUCGAUCAUAAUUUUUUGUUCCCUGAACACAAAAACAAUCUUAAUUGUAACAUCAUCGAUUGGAUGAAAGUUUAACGAACUUCACAUGCAUCGUGAUCCCAUACUAUUACCCUUAAAAUUUUUCUAGAAUUAUUAUUACAGAUGUAUAAAAAUCUCAUUUAGCGAGUUUGAUUUCGUGUGACAACCCGAUCCAUUUGGUGUACACUUACAACCAGCAUGGGGACCUUGGAUAGCCCAGAAUGCCCAUGAAGCAGGGUUUUUUUUGAGUGAAAAAUCCUGGUCAGUGUGGGGGAAAUAUUUUUGUGUGUUCUGCAAAAGGUUAUCUGAAUAUGUGAAGAGUAAAUCCAAUUCUUAAAAUCCUGGUGAAAACAGCCUCGCCUGAAGAUGAGGGAAAAUUGAUUAGGUUUAUAAUGGGUCUGUAAUGGUUCAUGUUCACUAGUUUUCUUGUUAUGAGGUGUCAAGUCAUUAAUCAAAAUAUCUACUGUGGUGUUUUACUUUCCAUAAACAACAUCCAUCAUGUAUUUAUAAUAUAUAAUAUUUAACUUUUUUAUGAUAACCAUCGCUUCAUUAUUUCUGUGAUAAUUAACUUUUCAAUAUUUGAAUCUUUAAUAAUAAUUCUGUGUCAGCUUAAAUAAUCAAUGUGGAGUAAAUCUAGAAACGGCGAACCGUGAUUCAGAUACAUGAUCAUAGGUUUCUGGCGGGCCCUGUACAGUGCUGAACUCUACCUAAUACAUAUUACAUCCAAAUGUCAUCAUAUACUCACCUCAAGGGGCGGUCGGGUAGCCUAGUGGUUAAAGCGUUGGCUCGUCACGCUAAAGACCCGGGUUCGAUUCCCGACAUGGGUACAAUGUGUGAAGCCCAUUUCUGGUGUCCCCCGCCGUGAUAUUGCUUAAAGCGGCGUUUAACCAUACUCACUCACUUAUAACACAUGACUGCUUACUUAUUGUCUAUUUUCAUAUUGACUUGAAAUCAUAUUCAAGCUGGGUUUUUUCCACUAGACUUUACAUGGAGAGUCUAAUGAUAUGCUGAUUGCACAAUAAAUGUUUACAGCUUUCUACUGUUGGAUGUCAUGAACACAUCCAGUCAUUCAAGAUUGUUAACCAUCAGUGGCUUUCUGAUUACUUUUUAUAUAUUGACAUAUAUACCUAUUUCUGAGUAAUUAUUGUUAAUAAAACUGUUUUCCUGGUA